UUCUGUCAAAUCGCAUCGACCGAGGUGGUUGUAGGCUAGGCCGAGCGCAAAAUGUAUAUGAAAACGGAAAAUGUAAAUUGAAUUACUAACAUGAGUAUUAACAUCGUUAUAAGAUUAAGCGUACUGUUGUUGGUCUCAUGACCAUUUAACAUAUAGCUCCCAUACAGAUAAAACGUGCAAAUGGGUGACGUAGUAAGCUUGUUUUCUGUGAUAAUAAUGAAAUUUAAAUCUAAGUUCAAUGAAAGUAAGAUUUAUUUCCACUGUGAUCUUCCCUGGGAGAGACUUAAGAGCGUUAAGUGGAUGAAUGAACGGGCUACUUCCAACAAGGCUUACGUUCCGACCACGGUGGAAAACGUAGCGAACGUAUGCACACACGCGCUAUGCGUUGCGCCUGCGUCGAUUGGCGCGCGGGAGUUGCUCACCCGGUCGGUGAACGCACCGCAAGCCAUCGCUGCGGUCGUGUACGGCUUGGCGUUAUGCCUGCUGUUCGCUGUUUCGACCACCUUCCACUCCGUGUGCUGUUGCAGGUCUGAUACUAAAAUGAAGCACUUCCUCCACCGGUGCGACCGCGCGAUGAUCUACAUAUUCAUCGCGAGCUCCUACUUCCCUUGGCUGACGGUCGGCACGCUCUCCUGUUGGAUGCUGCGAGAGCUGCGCUGGGUGAUCUGGCUCCUGGCGGUGCUAGGCAUCACGUACCAACAGAUCUUCCAUGAGAGAUACAAGAUGCUGGAGCUGUUGCUGUAUCUGGUCAUGGGGCUAGGUCCUGCGGCGAUCAUUGUCACGUCUAAUCACCAGUUCCCAGCGAUGACUGACCUGAAGCUUGGCGGUAUUCUGUACCUGGUCGGCGUGUUCUUCUUCAAGUCAGACGGGCGCAUACCAUUCGCCCACGCAAUUUGGCACGUGUUCGUGGCUCUCGCCGCCACCGUCCACUACCUGGCCAUACUGCGCCAUCUCUUCCCCGAACUAAAAUCUCAAUGAAGACUGCCCUAUACUGAAUCUCCAUUAGAGCUCUCUAAAGUUAUUUUUGUACAAGGCCGCAGAUUAAAUAAUUCACUCGACAUAACGUCGGUAUGCGCAGCCACUGUGGCUUUGUGUGUUUGAAUCUCGUUUUGAAUGGGAAAUCGGUCGGAUUCAAACGUGACCUUUUGACGAUAUCGGUUUUAUUGUUAAUUAAUCUUAAAAAUUUUACCAUUAGACUAUUUGGAAAAUAUUAAUCGUUUUAUAAUCUGUUAAAUAAAUUUUAAAUGUAGUGAAAUGUAACACCCUGUAACAUAGCAACCCUAUAAAUACGAAGUUCUUGUGUUCACGUUCGAUUCGUAUUGUGCCCCACAUAGAGUUACGUUUGUUUCCGGCACCCACGCGCCAUACUACAAUCAAUAUAACCAACUCAAACAUUAAGUUGUCCCAUUCAGACUCCUCUACAUAAUGUAUUGCUUCCAUGUUUGAUCAAACUUCCACUAAUGUCUUAUAAAGAGUGUUCUCUAUAACGGAUUUUCACUAUUGACGUUUGGAAACUAGUUAAUUUUGCUGACGAAACAUCUCAUGGUGGCCUGAAUUUGUUUGAUUAAUGUUGAUAGCCUUUGGCUAGUAGAGCUGUAGAUUUUAAUGCCCAUAUCAAUCGACAAUAUCGCAUCAUUGGUAGGCUACGUAUGCCUGCUAAGGCUUAGGUCACCAUGAGCUGUAAAUGAAGUAUGGCGCGAGAUCUCCAUAACUAUCUCAAUGAAUGUGUGUAUCAUGUAUGUAGAAGUAAAGUGUAGCACGACACAGUCGCGUAAACCUUGCGCGACGCGACGUGCGCGCAUGUGUGUAUAUUUUGUAAAAUAUUGUUGAAACUAUUGAUCUAUUGUACUAUGUAGUAUCUCAGAAUCUCGAGACCAAUCCAACCCUUUUUAGAUUAACUAUUUAAUGUGUAUAUGGGGUUUUUAGAAACGUUUAUAACUAACUUAUUAUACUUAUACGGAGCCCAGUUUUUCAGCGAAAUCUUUUAUACACCUAAAUGUGAUUUUUCCUUAGAUUAGAUGGUUGUAGUGUAGCUAGUUAAAUGUACUAUCUCGUGUACGUAAAUAGAUGUUUUAAAUUCGUAAAAAUUUUAAUGAUAUUCCUUUGGUGUUUAUUUCUAUGUCCCAAUUUAGAUGUUUUAAGGAUUGCUCAAUCGUUCAUGUGAGUUUAGAUAAUUUAAUAAACUUCCAUAAAGUUAUAGAUAAGGUUCAAGUCACUCUGUUGUCUCAUGAAUAUUAUCUCUGGAUGUAUUCUAAAAUUUCUUCUGGACCGACUAGCGUGACUACGUAUGCAGAAGCGUGUUGUGUUCAAGUGAUGCGAUAAUUUCAAUCGAUUGUUUGUAAACUGACCGAGUCACUCGCUAGGGUUACUGAACAUGCGGAACUUAUUCACCUUACACAUGUACCGGGAUUUUAAUGUGUUCAAAAUGGAUCAAACAAUUUGAAUAAUUACUGUAAUGUAAACCGCGUAUCAAGGUACCGGAUAACGAUUAUAAAGCGGUUUCCUGUUGCUAAAAUUAUGUGUUUAUGUAUGUCGAUGCGCGUUCCAGCGCAAUUAUAAAGAUUUAUGGAUAUCAGUAAUGGUGAAAAUGCUAAAAAGUGUCGCGUGUUUUGUAACCCUUGUGCUGUUAUGUGCUACUUCACUCUGUCGACCUAUUUGAUACAUUAUUUAAGAUAAUAAAUAUGUAUAAUAUAACGCAUGUGGAUGGAACGAUUGUAGGAAAAAAAAUAUUGUUACCAAAAAUACUUGCUUCGAGCAUAUUACCGAGUGUUGCCAUCUUGAUUUCUUUUUUAGUAUCUAGUCAUAACAUUUGCUACAAAUGGUUUAAUGAUUUUAAACGUGAUUUUGUGAUUUUAAAUGUAUUAAUUUGGGUAUAACACCAACCGGUUAGUCAAGAUUGUCACAGGGUAAACGCAUGAGUGCACAAAAUUAUGGACAAAAUUAUUGUUUUACCAUAUUGGUAGACAACAAAUUAUUGUUUAUAUCAUUGAAACACAUAAUUAUUGGAAAUUAAGUGAAAGUUAUUUUAAUGAUGUAACACCUAAUGUUGUGGUUAUUAUGUGUAUUCGAAAUGUCUAUAGUGCAAACUAAUUAUGUAAGGGAAGGUGUAAUGUUGGGUAGUUUCAAUUUUAAUAUUUCUUAUAUUAGGGUCCCUCCAACAUUACGUGCUAUUCUAUACUCUGUUAAGCCAUUUAUUCAGAUUCACAUCAUAACUAUCUAUAUGAGACAAGAAAAAAAUAAUUUAGGAAAAUUAUGUUUUUCAGUCAUUUCGAUAUUUUAAAAAUCUGCCUCUAAGUAGAAUCUAUUUAGAACCGAACUCUAUUUGUGGCCUGGAUGUGUUUUGUUCGACUGGCCCGCUUGUCUUCCAGAAAGAUGCCAUUGGUCUUCUAAAAAUCUUCUUGAAUGUUUAACUAGGAAUUUGUAUGUCCUUUCUAAUGUAUGGAUAGCUCUUAAGCCUUAUUUAUAUUCCUGACCAUGUAAAAUCAUAUCUUAGAAUGACCAUUGUUAAACUUGUCGAUUAUUUCAGUAGAACUUGCAAACAGUGUAAAGAAACUAAGUUUUUAUGCAUUAUUCUAUUUUAUUCUGAAGUAGAAAACUUUAAGAUAAACAACUUCAGUGGCAGAGUUGAAUUUAGCAUGGAUGUUGAAUACAGAGUUGAUAUUCUUUGAAUAUAACAGUUUGCUUUGGAAGUUAACCGUGAAACUAUCUAAGCAUAACUGUCGCCAAAACAAGCUUCGGUUAUUAUUAACAUAACUAUUUAUUUUAAUAGGUUGCAACAUGAUUGUAUAUUUACAUUAUUAGCAGUGUUUGAGCAGUUUUUAAAGGAUAAAAUACUAUAUAAUAUAAAAUGUGUAUGUAAAAUACUUUAUUAGAAAAAAAUGUUAAAUUGUUCUUACAAUAGCAACUUGUGAUUUUUUUUUAUACUGUCUGCAAAUUCUAUUAUAAUAUUAUUUUUAUGUUUGUUUGACACAGCAAGUAUUAAAAUUUCAAUUCCGAUUAGAUAAAUUACUACAUCAACACUUUACAGGUGCAAAAUUUUACUUUUCCGUUGGUAAAUAUUAUAACUUAAUGUGUAUGUAAAUUAGGUAAAAUCAAAUAAGUAAUAUGUUUAGAAUUCACUCGUUAAAAUACAUUUUGUCGGUGGCAGCUCUUAUUAUGUAAAGAAAAAAUUAUGUAGGACGAGUAUAAUGCAAUUGCGUGAAAAUACUUUAAUUUAAAACAUAAUUUCUAAGAACAUGAUUUAAAUGUUUUUACUUUUCAACAGAAAAUUAGAACUUGACUCCAAUUGAUUUUUUUUAUCUGACUAUAGUCGAUGGUUAUAUCGGCUCAACAUAUUAUAUAUUUGGUUCAACAUUGGCGCCUCAAAAUAGGUCCAUGGAUAAAAAGUACUAUUGAUAUAAUAUACAUAAUGUUGUUAUACCUUUUUGAAUUUCUCCCACCGUCAAUGAACUUAUUCAUUCCAAAUAUUUUGAAUAUAACAUUUUAUAACAAAUAAUCAAAAUUAUAGCGAUGAUCCAUUUUAUGAGAUAGUGGUUGCAUAUAUUUAAAUAUUGUCUUUAAAUAUUAUUUCCGUCUAGUAAAUAUUGAAAGUAUUUUAAAAUCAAUAUAGAUACUAUGUAUGUUUAAGUCUUGCUUGCGACUUCAAUACGUUAGAUAUUAAAAUAGUUGCAUAUUGAAAAUGUGACAUUCCGUUGACUGGUGGAACACUUGACUCCAGAAAGCGUUAGUUACUAUGUAAACAGGCAACAACCAUUCGUAGUGAUAAAGACUAACCCCCCUUAUUCAUAGACGUUAUUUAUCUAAGGACGGAGCAUUUCUGUGACAACAAGCCUGUUUCUCAGUGCUGACGGUAUGGCAGCCUUCACAGUGCAUAGACAUAGGGCCGUUGUCAUUGGCUAAUAUUGGGAUAUUGGCUGUCAGAUAAACAAAGCUGAACAAACAGCAAGCUGUUAGAUAAAUAAAGCUGAGAAACAGACUUGUUAUCACAGCAAUGCUCCGUCCUUAGAUAAAUAACGUCUAUGGAUAAGGGGGUAACCAUCUAAAUAGUGUUUACCUAUACCUUGGGUUUAUAUAUUCAAAUAUUGUUCUAAGUAUGAAGUCAUAAGCACGGACUCAGUAAUCAAGAUUUAAUAUUAUAAUGACUGCAAUGUGUAGUAUAUUGUAUGAAAUAAUAUUGUUGUAAAAUUCGGGUCAGCGCUGACGAAUGGGCCAUGGCGGGAAACGAAUUUGGGUAUAUUGUUAUUGUAACGAAAAUUGGCAACUGGAAAUGUAACUGGUGGUUUUCGUUCAGAGAUAUGUGGAAAGCAUUAGACUGGUAAUCGUUUGGGGAUUCAGCCUCUUCGCAGCCAGCUUCUCGGUCAGCGCUGAUCCUUACUGUAUUGUUGUUGAUAGUACUCUUACAGAUAUAACUCCCAGUGACGACACUGUAUAAUUUUCUAACAGAUAAAACAGUUAUUUCAUGAAAGUUAACUUUGUACAACGGACCCUGGUAUAGUUUUGUAGAGGUUUUUGGGAACUCAAUAAAUAAAAGAUUUACAAUUAA